UUGCGACUAAAAAUGAAAUCUGCCUGGAUCGUGUUUGGCGCUGCCGCUUUUGUCCUUGCGCAGGAGGACCCAGGAUCUCGGCGUCAAAGUUACCCCAACUGCCUCAAUGGAACACUCUCCAGCAACAAGGUUUGCGACCGCACACUGUCGCCACCCGAGCGUGCGAAGGCCCUUUUGGAAGCGCUCAGCAUCGAGGAGAAGCUGCAGAAUCUAGUCAGCAAAUCACAAGGCGCACCCCGCAUCGGCCUGCCCGCCUAUAAUUGGUGGAGCGAGGCCCUGCAUGGAGUGGCGUAUGCUCCUGGCACCUACUUCCCCCAAGGCAACGUCGAAUUCAACUCAUCCACCUCGUACCCCAUGCCUCUGCUGAUGGCUGCCGCCUUUGACGACGACUUGAUUGAAAAGAUCGGCACCGCCAUCGGCAUAGAGGCCAGGGCGUGGGGCAACUCCGGCUGGGCAGGAUUCGACUACUGGACGCCAAAUGUCAACGCCUUCAAGGAUCCUCGAUGGGGGCGUGGCUCCGAGACGCCGGGCGAGGACGUUCUCCGCAUCAAGCGGUACGCCGAGUACAUCACCAGGGGGCUGGACGGACCGGUACCAAACGAGCAACGCCGCAUCAUCUCGACCUGCAAGCACUACGCCGGAAACGACUUUGAGGACUGGAACGGCACUACAAGACACGAUUUCAACGCAAAGAUCACCAUGCAGGACCUUGCCGAGUACUACCUCAAGCCCUUUCAGCAGUGCGCCCGAGACUCCAAAGUCGGCUCCAUCAUGUGCGCCUACAACGCCGUCAACGGCGUGCCGUCCUGCGCAAACACAUACCUCCUACAAACCAUCCUCCGAGAGCACUGGAAGUGGACCGAGCACAACAACUACGUCACGAGCGACUGCGAGGCCGUGCUCGACGUGUCGGCAAACCAUCGCUACGCCCCGACAAAUGCAGCCGGGACUGCCAUCUGCUUCGAGGCCGGCAUGGAUACGAGCUGUGAAUACACCGGCAGCUCAGACAUCCCCGGCGCCUGGUCGCAGGGUCUGCUCAAGGAGGAGACCGUCGACAGAGCCCUCCUUCGCCUCUAUGAAGGUCUCGUGCGAGCAGGCUACUUUGACGGCGAAGAGGCCAUCUAUGCUGGUCUGGACUGGGAGCAUGUCAACUCGGCCGAAGCCCAGAGUCUCGCUUUACAGGCCGCCGUGGAGGGCAUGGUGCUUCUCAAGAACAACGGCACCUUGCCGCUGGACCUCGAUGCCUCCCACAAGAUCGCCAUGAUCGGCUUCUGGGCCGAUGCGCCCGAGAAGCUUCAAGGCGGGUACAGUGGUCGAGCACACCACCUGUACACCCCGGCGUUUGCUGCGCGACAGCUGGGUCUCGACAUCACAGUGGCCAGUGGCCCCGUUCUGCAAAACAAUAGUGCCAACGACAACUGGACGGCGAAUGCUCUGGAGGCUGCCGGCGGGGCCGAUUACAUUCUCUACUUUGGCGGCCUCGACACCUCUGCUGCAGGCGAGACCUUGGACAGGACCAACCUCGACUGGCCAGAGGCGCAGCUGGCUCUUGUGAAGAAGCUGAGCGAGCUCGGCAAGCCGCUCGUGGUGACUCUUCUCGGCGACCAGCUUGACGACACGCCUCUGUUGGAGCUCGACGAGAUCGACUCGGUUCUUUGGGCCAACUGGCCAGGCCAAGACGGCGGCGUCGCCGUAAUGAAGCUCAUCACAGGACAAGAGAGCCCGGCAGGUCGCCUUCCCGUGACGCAGUACCCAUCCAGCUACACGGAACAGAUCCCCAUGACGGAUAUGAACCUCCGGCCGACCUGCAAGUAUCCUGGGCGCACCUACAGAUGGUACAACAAGCACGUCAAGCCCUUUGGCUUUGGUCUACACUACACGACAUUCAAAGCCGAGGUUGCCUCGAGCUUCCCCGACACCCUCAAAAUUGCUGACCUCGUCGGCCGCUGCACAGCCGAGUUUCCAGACACAUGCGAGGCGCCGCCACUGCCGGUCUCCGUUACCAACACAGGCAGCCGCGCCUCUGAUUACGUGGCGCUGGUUUACCUGUCAGGGGAGUACGGACCGAAGCCGUACCCGAUCAAGACCCUUUCGGCCUACACGCGUCUCCGCGGCAUCGCACCUGGGCAGACGGCGACGGCGGAGCUAAAAUGGACGCUUGGUGAUAUCGCGAGGCACGACAAAGAGGGAAACACGGUGCUGUACCCGGGCAAGUAUACCAUUACAAUUGACGAGCCGACUUUAACAACGGCCACCUUUACUCUUGAAGGCGAGGCCGUCGUGUUGGAUAGAUGGCCGGCGCCCUCCAUGUAA